AUGUACUAAUAAUCAAUCACUUAGCCAUUUACGCGGUAACCCAUUUUUGUUCAAACAUAAUAUAUUGCUUAAUAAUAAAUUCCUAGAGUUUAAUAGCAAAGAUCAAUUACUCCUAUUCCACAUAAACCAAAUGCUUAUACAGUAUCAUUUACUUCAAGGGAUGAUUUCACUCAAAGAGGAACAAAUUUACCUUGUAAUAUGAUUAGUGAAGAUUCAUAAUUUAUGAAAGCAUUAAUGGAAGAAAACUAUCUAUUAAAAUAGUAAGUUGAAUUAAAAAGAGCAGAAUUAAAAAAAAUAAUAGAACAAUACAAUUAAUGUUAAUGAAUAUUGAUAAUGAG